UAAAGUAGAAUUAGGAUAGGAGGGUUGUUGAGCAGGUUUGAGGUACAACCCUCAUAGUGUGUGACUCUUUGAUUGGUUGACACGGUUGAAUACAUAAAAAUAUAUAAGGAGGAACAGACAGCAUCGAGGACAAAGAUUUUUGCAAGCAGAAGCGACGAGUUGAAAGAAUCCAGAGAAAAUCAUCAUGUCGCUCCCCCUCGAGACACUCAGUCUUCACAAGACGGUCAGGAAGCACUAUCUGUCGCUCCCCAAAGGUGAAGAGUGCCAGGUCACAUAUGUUUGGGUCAAUGAGGAUCGAGAAAAUCUACAGUCUAAAACCAGGACUCUUUACAAUGAGCCAGCAGGAAUCAGAGAUAUACCAGAAUGGUACGCGACUGCAGCUGAUCAUACCGAAGCCACUUUGGUCCCGGUCCGAAUGUUUCGAGAUCCUUUCACACUGGACCCUGAUAAGCUGGUGCUGUGUGAACUGGUAAAAAGGAAGGACCUCCCCACAGGAAAUAAUCAGCGUUCACAGUGUGUUACCGUCAUGGACGAGGUGAAACAGUUUCAGCCCUUGUUUGGAAUGGAGCAGGAGUACAUCCUUUUUGGUUUGGACGGAAAACAGCUUGGUUGGUCCCCUGAUGGACAUCAUCUCCAAGAAGUGUGUGGUAAUGCCGUGGGUGCUAACAAACUGUGUGGAAGAGACAUAUCCAUGAGUCACUACAGAGCCUGCCUGUAUGCUGGUGUAAAGAUCUUUGGCUCCAACGCAGAAGAACUAUACUCCCAGUGGGAGUUUCAGGUUGGCACUUCCGAGGGGAUUGAAAUGGGGGAUCAUCUGUGGAUGGCCCGUUACAUUCUGCACCGAGUCUGUGAAGACUUUGAGGUUGUUGCCUCCUUGGACACUAAACCCAUUAAGGAAAGCACUUUUUCAUCAGCCUGUCACAUCAACUUCAGCACCAAGGAGAUGAGGAGUGAAGGGGGACUUCAGCACAUUGAGGAAGCGAUCAGAAAACUGAGCAAGUGUCAUUUUCGGCACCUCAGUGUCUACGAUGCACAUGGUGGUGCUGACAACAUACACCGCCUCACAGGUCAGGGCUGUACCUCCACCUUCCAUCACUUCUCUACAGCCGUAGCCUCUCGUGAAGUUAGUGUUCGCAUCCCUGACCAUGUCAGUCGCAUGGGCUGUGGUUACUUUGAGGACAGACGUCCUGCUGCCAACUGCGACCCAUACCCCGUGAUGAGAGCCCUGGUGGAAACCUGUCUGCUGGGAGUCACUGAGGAAGAUGAUGAGGAGAUGAAGGAGAUCCUGGCUUCCUGAAAGAGGAGAAAAUGCAGUCAAGGCUCUAUAGAGUGUAAUAACAUAUUACACAUUUUGUGUUCGUGUUUAAGUGCUGUUAUGAAAUUUUAAAGAAACCUGACACAUUUGCAAGUUCAUGUGGAGAAACUGUGUGUGGCAUGAUUGUUAGAGAAAGAAAUGAAAUCAAAUAAAGACAUCAAGUCUGUUUUCCUUAAAACACA